AGAGCCCGCCCCCGCUGAGGGCUCUAACCGGUCUGGUUACAGCUGGUUCAGGGUAAGAAAACUGGAAACACUCCUGUCGUACCAGCGGCUCCUCCACCGGCAGGGGGCGGUGUCUUCACCAUACCCGCGCCCCCGUGUUUGUGGCUACCAUGGCAACAGAACCCCUGUUAUGUUUGUGUGUGAAGUUUUAACCGGCUCCGGUUUGCGAAGGGUCCGAGACUGAGUGACUGAGUUCACCGUUACCGUCAGGAAAUAUCCGCCGUGGUCUGCACCGGAAAAUGCUGCUCAGCCAGAGACGAACCAGGUGCCGGGAGUUCACCGGACCGACGCCUCACUCUGUGGCCGUGAGAGCCAAGUCCCCGUUGUCCAGGCCUGCAGACCACCUGAUCCUGGAGAGACAGAGACAGGACGCCGCCCGAGACAAAGUCCUGGAGUUCACCAGGUACCAACAGACCUGCGACAUCAAGAACUCUUGGCUGAAGAGCUCAGAGCGUCACUUCCGGAGAGGAGCCAUCGACAGACAGGUCAGAGCUGCUGUGGACCAACAUGAGUCCACCACUGAAGACAGGAGACGCAGGCUUCGUGUGCUGCUGGAGGCAGAGGAGCAGCAGCUCCUGCAGGAGCUGGAGGAGCAGAAGGAGACCACAGAGGAGAGACAAACCAAGAUGAGGGAAAAAGCCAAAAUCCUGAGAGAGAGAAGAGAGAGUGAAAGACAGCAGCUGGUCUCAGACAAGCUGGACCAGCAGUUCAGAGAGCAGUGUGACGAGCUGCGGACCAUCCAGAACACACGCAGGGAGCGGCAGGUGUGUUCGGAGCGAGCUGCUCAGGUGAGGAGCCGACAGGAGCGACUGCGACAGCAGCGGGAGGAGGACGAGCUGUUCCACGAGCUGUGGGAGGCCGACCAACGAGCGAAGGAGGAGAGAGAGAGGCAGCGGGCGCAGAGGCGGCGGCAGACGAACCUGGAGCAGCUGGACGUCCUGAGGACUCAGAUGGAGACAGCCGAGCAGCAGAGACAGAAGGAGCGGGAGCAGAGAGAGGACGAGGCCCGUCUCACGCUGCAGCAGCAGGAGCAGCGUCUCCUGCAGGAGCAGCAGGAGCAGCAUCAGAGGGUUCAGGCUCAGCAGGCCCGGCGCCGGCAGCUGGAUCAGGGUCUCCGGCUGAAAAUGAAGCGUCUGGCCCGAGAGCGGCAGGACGAGCUGAGGCUGGACAUGAGCGUCCUGCAGCGGCUGCUCGAACAGGAGACGGACGAGAAACAGGAAGCUGCUCAGAGGAAGAUGGAGCUGCGUGAGGAGCAGCAGAGGUACCGACAGCAUCUGUCCGAGGAGCUGCAGAGGAGGAGGAGAGAGGAGGAGGAGACCGAGCAGCUGAUCCAGGAGAAACUGAAGGAGACCUGGACCAGGAGAGAGGAGGACAGCCGCCUGCAGCGAGACGCCAGGAGCCGACUGAUGAGCGAAGUGAUGGAGGCUCGUCGUCUGCAGGUCCAACAGAACCUGGACCUGAAGGUGCAGAGACAGGCUGACCUGAGCAGACAGAGAUCAGAGCUGAACAGACUCGUGGACGAGAUGAAGGAGAAGGACGAGGAGGAGAGAAGACGGCAGAAGCAGACCUGUGAGGCGUACCAGGCGGACCUGAGGGCUCAGAUGGAGCGUCGGCGGCAGCUUCGCAGCGAGGACAGAGCUGAGGCUCAGACGGAGCAUCAGCGAGGUCUGAUCCUGCAGCAGCUCUACGACCGCAAGAGAGACGAGAUCCUGUCCAGGCCCCCGUCCCGUACCGCCGUCCCCCAUCCUUUCAGGAGAGCAGAGGGAUCCAGGUCUGCCCCUGGGGCGUCACAGAGACCACCUGCACACUGAACUAACAUCAGAUCCCCACGGUGCCGGU